CGCCCGGGUCUUGUUACCUUUCCGCUCCGCAGGGCAUGUUCGUGCUGGGCCUGCCCUACGCCAUCCUGCACGGCGGCUACCUGGGGUUGUUUCUCAUCAUCUUCGCCGCCGUGGUGUGCUGCUACACCGGCAAGAUCCUCAUCGCCUGCCUGUACGAGGAGAACGAGGACGGCGAGGUGGUGCGGGUGCGGGACUCGUAUGUAGCCAUAGCCAACGCGUGCUGCGCCCCGCGCUUCCCCACGCUGGGAGGCCGCGUGGUGAACGUAGCGCAGAUCAUCGAGCUGGUGAUGACUUGCAUCCUGUACGUGGUGGUCAGCGGCAACCUCAUGUACAACAGCUUCCCGGGGCUGCCCGUGUCGCAGAAAUCCUGGUCCAUUAUCGCCACCGCCGUGCUGCUGCCCUGCGCCUUCCUUAAGAACCUCAAGGCGGUGUCCAAGUUCAGCCUGCUGUGCACUUUGGCUCACUUCGUCAUCAACAUCCUGGUCAUCGCCUACUGCCUCUCGCGGGCACGCGACUGGGCCUGGGAGAAGGUCAAGUUCUAUAUCGAUGUCAAGAAGUUCCCCAUCUCCAUUGGCAUCAUCGUGUUCAGCUACACGUCCCAGAUCUUCCUGCCUUCGCUGGAGGGCAACAUGCAGCAGCCCAGCGAGUUCCACUGCAUGAUGAACUGGACGCACAUCGCCGCCUGCGUGCUCAAAGGCCUCUUCGCGCUGGUCGCCUACCUCACCUGGGCCGACGAGACCAAGGAGGUCAUCACGGAUAACCUGCCUGGUUCCAUCCGUGCUGUGGUAAACAUCUUCCUGGUGGCCAAAGCGCUGUUGUCCUACCCGCUGCCCUUCUUCGCUGCUGUGGAGGUGCUGGAGAAGUCGCUCUUCCAGGAAGGCAGCCGCGCCUUCUUCCCCGCCUGCUACGGCGGCGACGGGCGCCUCAAAUCGUGGGGGCUGACGCUGCGCUGCGCGCUCGUCGUCUUCACACUGCUCAUGGCCAUCUACGUGCCGCACUUCGCGCUGCUCAUGGGCCUCACCGGCAGCCUCACGGGCGCCGGCCUCUGCUUCCUGCUGCCUAGCCUCUUCCACCUGCGUCUGCUCUGGCGCAAGCUGCUGUGGCACCAAGUCUUCUUCGACGUCGCCAUCUUCGUCAUCGGGGGCAUCUGCAGUGUGUCCGGCUUCGUGCACUCGCUGGAGGGCCUCAUCGAGGCCUACCGAACCAACGCGGAGGACUAGGGCGCCAGGGCUCCGGGUCUCCCGCGCUCUUCCCCCCCUCCCCACCCACCCCCACCAGCUCUGUGCG